UUUUGUCCUAUGGGGCGCACCGUAGUUCGGAUAAACAAGAAUGAAACAUGUCUUCCGCAGAAACCCAGCCGCGGUUCGGUCAGUCGGUCAAGGGUCUUUUAUCGGAUAAAGUGGGCACAUGUAGCGGGGAUGUGAUUGCUCUGACUCGGCAAGUGUUAAAAGGAUCGCGUAGUCAAGAGCUACUCGGCCAAGCAGCCAGAAAUAUGGUUAUUCAGGAAGAUGCCAUUUUACACUCCGAGGAUAGUUUAAGAAAAAUGUCCAUAAUCACCACACACUUACAAUAUCAACAAGAGGCCAUCCAAAAGAACGUGGAACACUCGAAAAACCUUCAGGAUCAACUCAGACACUUGCUUAAAUGAAACCCGCCAACAGAUUUUUCCCUCACCAUCUCUCCAGUCGUCCGUUAAAUUAUUAUACAGACUCUCAUCGUGUGGUAUUGGUGCACCAAGACAGACAAACAGUGAAACCUGUGGUGAUACGAAAGACAUGUCGGCCGUGUUCCAUGAACACAACCGACUUCUGUGUACCCCCUAGACUUCAACCAAGACAGAGAAAAUUGCAUUGGCUACACUGAAUACGAUAUGAUACUGUCAAACAUGCCUGUUAACACAUCAAUUAGAAGUUGAUUGAUCUUUUUUUUUAUCAUUGUUACAAUUAAUUAAAUGCUUUCCUCUUCCUGUA